CUCCACUGCUUUCUCUCCAACCAACUGUCUCCUCUGAUCCCUCUUUCACUCCUCCUCCUCCUCCUCUUACUCCUCCGUUACCCUCAUCCUCCUCCUCAUCUCCUCCUCCUCCUCCUUCACCUGUUAUCCCGCCAUCUUCUCCAACUCCUCCGUUCCUGAGUCCCAUAGAUCGGCUGGUUUGGAGCGUCUCGGUGUGGCAGCCCAAAGGACUCAGCCAAGACCAAAGCACAAGUGUCAUGGAGAAAGAGAAGGCCGGGGCAUUCCUGUUAAACAGCACAGAGGACAAGGACAUGACACUGUCGGUGCGGCUGCCCGAUGAUCAGGGGGCGCCGCUUGUUCACAACCUGACGGUCAAACAACACAAGACAUUUCUCCACUUAGAUGGUUCCUCUCUGGUUUUUGAUGACAUCUUCAAAUUGAUCUCCUUCUACUGUGCCAGCAGGGACAUUCUGGCCCUUCCACUGAGAUUACCCUGGGCUAUUACCACAGCAACGAAGAGAGAGGAGCUGGAGGUCAUCUCUGCAAUGGGUGCAGAUUUCUGGACGUCUGAUCUGAACCAGCAGGCCCAGAACCAGGACUUGGUUUUGGAUCACAACCACAGCAAAGUGUAUGUGUAUGUCAACCCAGUCACGGAGAGCCCCAACAAAGACCUGAAGCAGUCCUCUAUCUCCAAACUUGAUAUCAUCACCAAUCAAAACAUCACCCCCUCCCUGCAGAAUGGAGAAGUCACACAGAAGAUCAGCACAGCUAAAGUCAAAGGUCAAACUAAGACAACGCCCAAACACGAGAUCAAGUACAAGCGCCCCCCACCCCGACCCCCCAGCCUGGGCUCAGGGUCAGGGAUGGGCCUCCUCUUCUCCUCUCCCCCCUCGCUUCACACUUCAUCUUCUGUGACUCCAGCAGCUGAGAGAAAAGAGGAAGGAAAGGGAGGAGCAGGAGAGAGAGAAGAGAGGAAGUCAGUGUCUACAUCACUUACUCCAUCGAGGCCUCCUGUCCCCCUGCAGAGCCGAGCCGCUCCCCCGCUGCCUCCUGCUCCUCUCCGUCGCACCUCGUCCAAAAAAAGCGCAGACCGAGAGGUAGGAGACGGGAUGGAGAGAGAGAAGGGACAAAGACCUGCAAAGCAAACUGAGAGAGAGGGGGGAGGAGAGAGAGGAGAGGAGAAAACGGGAAGUAAAUCAGGUCAGCUGGAUGAGGGGGUUGAGCAAGACAACCGUAGCCCACAUCAAGAGGAGGAGGUUAAACAGGACAGGGAAAAGAGAGAGAAAGAGGAUGAGAAGGAGGAAAUAGACAUGAAAAUGGAUAAAGAGGAGGACAAACAGAAAUCCAGCUCACCGUGUUCUCAAUCAGUGAAAAAAACAUCCCGUCCAGUCCCUCCGCCAAGGAGGAAACCAUGUCCCCCAAAAGCACCUGUGUGCCCCAUCCAGGCGGGAGGAGGAUCAGCUAAUCAGACUGCUGGGAUAAGAGGGCCCCCUCCCUCCCCGGCGCGGCGGCCAGAUGUGUCGCUGUACUCACCCCAGGGUGGUGCUGUGCUACUAACUGAUCCCGACUCCUGCUCUGCCAGCAGCACAGAGGAAGAAGGAGAGCUGAACCUGGAACAGGAGCAAAACCACAAUCGCCCUGCAGAGUAUCCCAACCCAGUAAAGAGAACCUCCACCACUGUUAUGUUGGACCGAGCACGCUACCGCCUGUCCAACGUCAUCACGGGCCUCAUCAGCCACAACCGCCGCCUCACACAGCGCAUCGUAGAGCUGGCCAGGGACCCUCUGAGCUACUUUGGGAACCUGGUAAAAGAGCACCGUGCAUUCACCUUGGAGACCAUGUCGAACCACUCCUCCUCCACCGAGCUGUUGCAGGAGAUCCGACAGAUGAUGACUCAGCUGAAGAGUUACCUACUGCAGAGUACCGAGCUGCAAGCUAUGCUGGAGCCGCAGCAUCAGUAUGCACAAGACAAACUGGAGAGCAUGGUAGAAGCGGCUCUGUGUAAGAGUGUACUGAAGCCACUGAGGGAGCCAAUUUACCAGAGUCUGGAGAAACUACACACCGACGACGGCAGCCUGAAACAACUGGCACAGAACCAGUCUGUUGUCCUAGGCAGCACCACCACGGCAUUAGGAGUAACCACUGCCAUCCCAGAGGCCUCUACUAUGGAGAAGAUCAGCAUCAAACUGAACAGCCUCCAUCUAGAGUAUUCUCCCCAGAAAAAGAUUGAGCUUAUGCUGAAGGCCUGCAAGAUGAUCUAUGACUCCAUGUCUGCCAGCAGCCCAGGUCAGAGCCACUGUUUUUGUUUUUCUGUUGUACAGGACUUUCUGACAGUGUGCUGUCCAGAUUUUGGAACCAACCCAAAAACUCUGGGUGUCCUCCCCACCACGACAAUGGAACAGCUAGCUGAGCAGUGUGCUGCACGCUUUGAACAAGACGGCUACGUGCUCAGUGUGUAUAUGGAUGGUGUUCCCCACCCUGUGGCUCCUACUGAGCUGGCCCUCAGUGUUAAGAACAGUUCCCAACCUGGAGCCUACUGCUUUGUCUAUCACCCUAUGGACCAACCCAUCACCCAGCCUGGCCGCAGCUGCCCUACUGACCCGCCUCCGGGUCCACCCACCGAAAGCUGUCCCCCAUCUGACUUUGCAGCUGUCGACACUGUGCAGCCAGAGGUGGAAGAGGAGAGUCUGAUUAGCUUGUAACUGCUCCUGUUGGUGACUGCAUUUACAAAACAAAAUGUAAGAAAGGGUUUUAAUCUCAGGUCUUGCUUGAAAGGUUGAUCUAAUUUCAAUUUAAUUGAAAAAUAGAAGUGAUGUGGAGAAGGGCAUGCAGGAUUACAAAUUACCAUAUGUGAUGAAAGGUGUACUUUGUGGCUCCCUCCUUUUCAAUCCAUUUGACCUGCAUCACCAAAGCAAUACCAAAACUAAAAUGACAAGACAAAGUGAUAAAUGACUGAUUUUGUAUCUCCACAUGGGGUCUGGAACCCCAGCGACUGCAGGAGGAUAUGGUUUUAUAGAAUGUAAAAAUAUGUUAAUCUAACAUGCACAUAUAUGAUCAUGUUUAUACUGUUUGUACUCUUUGAUACUUGAUGCUACUCUCUCUGAUGCUCACAACGGUCUCCCGGGGUAGACUGUAAGUUACUAAUUAUUGGUUCAUGAUUAUAUUAACAGGAUGAAUCUAUAAUUUCUU